AUGACGGCAGCCAAGCCCAAUCAGCCUCGGCUAGAAAGAAGAGACACUGUACAUGUGUGGCUUUGUGCUGAAACCGAUCAUUACCACUCUUCUGCUGGAGAUAAGGGCUGGGGAUGUGGCUACAGGAAUUUCCAGAUGCUUUUGUCCUGUCUUCUGAAGAUGGAUCUGUACAAGGACUGCUCCAAAUACCCACACACUGUCGCAUGUGUUCCAAGAGUGCGGGCGAUGAUUGGAUGGAGAGAAGGAGCUGAUCUAAAUCCCAAACUGCAGGGCUUAUGCACCUGGGUAGGAGCCACCGAAAUCUAUUCUGUGCUGACAUCUCUCAGGGUGAAGUGUCGCAUUGUUGACUUCCACCGGCCCUCAGGCCCCUCUGACACCCAUCCCAGGCUCUUUGAGUGGGUCAGGAGCUACUAUUCUGUGGCCACAAGCAGAGCAGCAAGACUUCCUCCCAGGGUUGUCCAGACCACCAGGCCUCCAAUAUACCUGCAGCACCAAGGUCAUGGUAAUGAGGUUGUGGGGAUUGAAAAGAAGAAUGGACAUUUUUGUCUCCUAAUAUUUGAUCCGGGUUGCCCUUCAGAGGAAAUGAAGAGGUUCUUGGGGAGUGACCUGACACCUGGCAAUCUUAGGCGCCUCUACAGAUUACUGUUUAAGCAGUAUCAGUUGGUGACAGUAGACAGAGUGUUUUCCCCAGAAGAGGAACAGGUAACUAGGUCACGAUCUUGUUAAUUCCACAAAAGCUGCAUCCAUAAAAUGUGUUAGUGUUUAUUAGUGGCAUCCCCAGAAAUCCUUGUAUUUUGUUGAUACACCCAUUCAGUCACAAUUAUUAGAAUAAUGUUUUACAAUAUUCAACACUUUUAUUUAUUUAACUGAACCGAAAAAAAAAGUCUUAGUCUGUACUUGCUAUAACCUUUGGUACCACAUUAAUUGACAGUUUAUUGGUCCACGAGGUCAAAGGCUGUAAUGCAGCAAAAGCUUUUUGUUCUCAAACCACUUCCACUGUAGGUUCAACUUCUUCUUUCAAAAUCUUCUUAAAAAAUAAACAUAAGUGCAGAGAAAGUCCCUUAAAAUAAAGCUCAGUUAACAUCUACAGUGUGUACAGGAAGAAAAUUAGUUACUAUGUAUGAAGAUAUACAGUAGAUAUUGUAAAUAUGGAUUCUUAUUUGACAGAUUCUAAAGAAUUUUUAUCUUUAAAUAAACUGUGGUGUUUUUACUUUAUUCCUAGUCUAAGUGGUAUAAUUCCUCUGAACUGGGAAAAGCUGUUUUGAAAUUAUUAUUCAAAAUGGGAUAGAUGUGCCAAGAAUAUAGUAUUUUUUUGCCAUUUUAUUUAUUUGCUUCCUCACAUUGUCUAGAAGAUGUAUAUGAUGUCAACAUUACCACCUAGACUUUUUUAGAAGUAGAU